AUGAAGUCUUUUAUCCUUAGCAAACAGAAAUUUUUUGGGAAAAUUAUUCUGAACAGAAAAGUUGUAUCACAAACAUUAAAUAUCCCAAAGAUCAUUGAGAAAUUAGGAAACGAAGACUAUCCUCUAUACGCUGCCGAUGAAAUACCAGUUAUAACUCCUCACUUAACGAAUUAUUUAUUGCCAGUUUCACCGAACAUUAGUACAAACUUUAGUUAUUUUAUAUCACCACAAGAACCAAGUGGCCUUCAUAUAUUCAAUGCAGAAAGUUAUCCAAAUGGACCGAUAAUCUUACGAUUAAUUCGUAAUAGUACAAAUAACUGUUCUGAACCUUAUUUGCAUCUAAGACUUAUAUAUACGGAUAUAAAUCAGGAUACAUCUCAAUCACCUAAUGCUACUUCUAGUAAUAUUAGCUUUAGUACAACUGAUAUAAAUAUUCCUGAUUUUAAUCUUUGUCCGAUUUCGAACAGUCCUCCACGUGAUCUGAUUCGUAUUUUUCCCUUGUCAUAUAAUCAUACUAUGAUUGCAUUUUUACGAAAUAACACCGGAAAUGGUACAGAAACACAUCAAGAAUUUGGGAUAUUUAUUGAUUGGGAAGGAAAAGUUAUUCAAAACGAUUUAAAUCUUGGAGCGAUUAAUUUUACUACAGUUGAUUCAUUGGGUACAUUAGUUGUCGAUUCUUCCCAAAGAUAUGGAUUUAUAUGGGUCAACCGUGUUGGAUCUCAAAAUGAAUUUAUAAGAUGGACAAAAUAUUCUAUUUCAAACCAUCGUGAAGUGAGCACCUCAUAUAAUCAAAGUCAAUUUUCUAUAAAUCCAUCUCAUAAUUACAAAAUAGUUGCAACAAUUGAUGGGGGAUAUUGUUUUGUCAUGGCAGGACCUUCAGCCAAUAAUAAUUCUGUCUUUAAUGACGUUAAGUGGAUGGCUAGUGUAGUAUUUAUUCGUCCAAAUUUUUAUACGACGCAGCCCUCAAUAAUAUAUCAAUAUUUUUCACAAGCAGUUUCAAUGACUAUUGAGGCAUGUGAUAAUACAUAUUAUGAUCCUGGAUUAGCUUGUAUUUUUAGAAUUAAACCGGAUAACACUUCAACUAUUUCUGCAAGUUACGUUAAAGUAGCAUUCUUUUCGAGCGGGGGCUUAAAAUCAUCUGCGAUAUUGAAUAUUACUGAUACUACUUUUAUAUUGAAUAAUGUUUAUCAAUUGUGGAGUGGUGGAUACCUUUUAGUUGUUCGUUUGAAUACCAAUAAUACUUACAUUGGUUAUAUUUAUGAUACCAAUGGAAAUUUUUCACAAACUUGGAAUUUACCCACAGUGCCUGGGAACAUUACGAUGCUGAAUGGAGUGUUUCAAAAUAAUACUAUCUGGACGAUUUUUUAUGCAAAUAAUACAACAUUAAAUACAAGCAAUUGGGCGUUAGCGACAACUAUUUCCCCAAAAUAUAUUAAACUUGAUCACGUCAUUGACAAUUUAAAUAUCAAUAUAACAUUCCCAAAUUUAACUGACAGUUCUGACAGUUUAUUAACAGGCAUACCAAUAAAUAUAACAUUUUAUAAUUCAAUUAUAUUAUCAUCAGGAAAUAUUACAAUAUAUCAAGAUACUGGCAAAGAUUUGAUACGAAGAUUAUAUUACAAUGCAAAGAAUAACAGUGACAAAUUUGUUAUUUCAAGAGAUUCGAAGACGAUAUCUAUAUCAGUUCUUAAUAGUACAUUUGUUUCUCCAGCAAGUCGAUACUAUGUUGUUAUGGAUAAUAAUUUUGUCAAAGAUUUGAUAUCUGAUGAACCUCUGAUGAGUGCUAACUGGACUUUUACAACAAGUCCACAACCAAUUGUAAAUCGUGGAGAUUCUGCAUUCGCAUUAAUCCGUCUAAACGUAAAUGAAUCAUUCCAUGUCAUGGGUCUUUCGAGCAGCGAUAGAUGGAAUUAUUUCCAAAACUUAAGUCUUGAACUUUCGCAGGCAGUUCCAAUAAAUUCCUCAAAUUUAUUGCCAGUUAAUCAAUUUCAAUGGGAUAAGGAUGUUGGUAAUCAACAGAUCUUAUUAAAAUUCCAAAUACUGCCUGGAAAUAACACAUCGAACAAUAUUACAGUAACUAAAAUUAUUGAAACAUUGAACGAUCUGAUAACAAAUAGAGAUGUUACAAUGAUAUCUUCAUUACCAUCAAGUAGUAAAUUAGAUAGUAAAUAUGGGUUUAGACCUAAAAAAAGUGUUUGGGAUACUUAUGGAUAUUAUUUAAUUUUGAUUGGAAUGAUGCCUGUCUUUUUAGCAUUUCUUUCACUAUUCUCAUAUCAAAGAGGUGAUGAUGGAAAAAACUUUAUACCAUUCAAAAUUAUGCUUAUAAUUUUUGAUUUUAUUAUCGAUAUGUUGUUCGUACUUAUACAUUCAGGGGAUUUAUUCCAAUUAUAUUAUCCUAGUGUGAUUUGCUUCAUAGUAUCAUUGGGAUUCAACAUAAUCGUAUCAUUUUUCCUAUUAGUCCAUGAACUUUCAGAAGAAACUAUUCAGCCGCAACAAAAUUUUCAGCCACAACAAAAUUCUCAGCCACAACAAAAUACUGCAUUCUAUAGCUGGUUUAGAAAAUAUCACAAUGUAGCAGCUAUAACUACGCUUUGUUCUGCGAUAGAUAUUGAGAUAUUAACAUUAAUAGAUUCAAAUAUAGCGAAUAACUCAUUGUUUAAUGCACAAUUAUCUGAUUCAAGUGAACAUUGGAUAUCUCGCGCUAGCUGUGUUAAUUUUUUUAUUGAAGAUGCGUUUCAAUUAGCUAUUCAGUAUAGCAGCAGCAAGCAAAGCGAUCAUAUUGAGAUAAUACCAUCAUCGCUUCCAAUUGUUCCUGAGACAAGUGUAAGAUCACCAAGAGUGUGGAUACAAGGAAAUCACGGUAUCCCGAAGACUCAUCUUGAAAGAUCUAAUUUACCGACAAUGCCGCCGCUUGGCAGGAAUAAUAAAGUUAGUUCUACCAGUAUGUUUAAUGAAGAACCGCAAAUUACCAAUAUAGAGAGUAUAAAUAAUAGUUUACCGGGAAGAACGGUAACAUAUUUAGGAUACUAUGGAGAUUCUGAGGAUUCUGAAGAAUUUGAAGAUGUUACUAAAAAAAGAUAUAAAAUUGGGAAUGGUAUACCUUACGAACAAUUGAGUGAUGGUAAUGCACCUAAUGGAGGAUUUUAA